GUUGUUCAUUGCGGGCGCGCUGCACCCCAGGGUGCCGACGCAGUUGCUGAGGCGCAUGGUGGACUUGCUGGAUGCCAUGCAGGCGGCGGCGGCGCCGCCGCCGGCGUCGGCGUCGGCGGACACGGGUGCAAGUGCAGGAGAGGUGGCGGCGGCGGCAGGCGCCUCGGCAGCGGCAGCGGCGGGCGUGCGGGAUUUUGCUGCUGCGGGCGGGCCGUGGGAGUUCAACCUGCGUGACCUGCUGCGCUGGUGCGACCUGGUGGAGGGGGCGGUGCCGCCGCCUCCGCCUACAGCCGCCGCGAUGGAUACGGAUGACAAUGCGGACGGUGCGGUAGCAGGUACGGCAGCAGAGGAGACGGCAGCUUUGGAUGCCGCGGCGCAGCACUUUGCGCGCAUGCUGUUCAGCCACCGUCUGCGGACUCAUGAGGACCGAGCCAAGCUGCUGCGACUGUUUUCAUCCGUCUGGGGGUGCCCUCCCGCUGGAUGGCAGGAGCAGCCCGCAGUGCUUCUUUCCCCUCGCGGCGCCGUUGUCGGCCGGGCAGUGGUACCGCGCGCAGCUGACCCCGCGCCACAUGCCUCCGGCGCCACCGCUGCCGCCGCGGCUGCAGCAACAGCCGGCGCCUCCAUGGCCUCAUCCACCGCCGAGCUCCACCUGCUGCCUGGGUCGCUGCCGCUGCUGGAGAGCCUCAUGCAGACGCUGUCCCGCAGCUGGAUGGCGCUGCUGGUGGGCGGCGCGGGCGGCGGCAAGACGGCGCUUGCUCGCUGCGCUGCGGCGCUGAGCGGUGUACGGCUGCUGGAGAUCUCGUUGACCAGCGGUACGGAUACCAGCGACCUGCUGGGCAGCUUUGAGCAGCUGGAGCCGGAGCGGCGGGUGCAGGAGGCCUCAGACCGGGUGCAGCAGCUGGCGCACUGCAUGUCUCAGCGCCUGCUGACCAGCUCCUCGGGCGCAGCCACCCCCGGUGUGGCGCCUGCGCUGCUAGCAGCCGCUCAGGACCUACAAGCCGCCUGGGCAGCCCACAUGGCGGCGCUGGCGGCAGCCGAGCGGCAAGCCGACGCGGCCUCGCCCAUCGCGGCAGCCGCCCAACGUGUCGGUGGCCUGCGCUCCGUCGUGACCGCCUGCCGCGCUGGCAUUGCCGCGCUGGCUCCGUCUUUCCUCGAAUCCGACGGCAUGGUUUCGGAGCUGGUUUCGGCAGCCGACGCAGCGGAUUCCGAGCUGGCGUCGCUGGCGGCGCUGCUGGCGGACGAGGCGGCGGCGGCGGUGGGCGGUCGCUUCGAGUGGGUUGACGGAGCGCUCACUCGCGCCAUUGAGCGCGGCGGCUGGGUGCUGCUGGAGGGCGCCAACCUGUGUAACCCCACCGUGUUGGAUCGCCUGAACCCGCUGCUGGAGCCG